AUGAUGAAAGAUUUUAUCCGCUCUGCAAACAUCCUUGUUGGUACUCCCGUAGCAAUAAAAAAUCUGCUCGACCACCUUUCAAGCGAACUAGAAGCGUUGAGCCCUGAUCUUAUCAUCAACGACGAAGCUGGUAGGAGCACGGAAGCCAUGGCCCUCGUGCCUUUAGCCAUGUUCCCAGAGACGCCAACGCUUUGGUUGGGAGACGGCAAAGAACUCGUCCCAAUGCACAGGGCCGCAGACUCAGUGGAAAAACCGCUAUUCCAAGACCAACGUAAAAUGAGCCUCUUGAAGAGAGCCCAAGACACGGGCAACGUCGAUUUCACCUUCUGA